AUGAUGAAGAAGCGCAGUAGCAGUGGAGCUGACUUCGGUGCCGCCGUGAAACGGGCAAGAAUGGAGGGGCAGUUAGCUGUGCGUUUGGGGCUUUCGGUGGCUGCGUCAGAGGAUUAUCACCAGAUGAUGGCGGCUGCAGAGGAAGUGAUCAAGGGCUUCACAUUCCCUCAAGCGGAAGGAUUCAUGCACGAAAUCGAGCAUGAGGCUCGAAUCUUGGAGAAGGUGAUGGAUGUCGGCGGCGAGUCCAACAUUGCAGCGCCGGAGAAGCUCCAGGACCUAGCCCGAGAAACAGAGUAUUUUGACGGCGAGCCGGUUCUCGAAAGCGUCGUCGGCGCAAAUCUUGCUGUGGCGGCGGGGAUCGCUAUCCCGCUGGAACCUGACGACGAGAAACCUGUCGGUGCUGCCGGGGCCGGAGAAGCUCUGGAGGAGAAUGAGAAUUUUGUGGUGGACGCUGAGGAGGAACAAUUGAAGACGUGGAAUCUGUUUAUUUCAUGGACGACGGUGAUCAAGCCGAUGACGGGGCAUGCACCGGCGGCGGGGAGCGAUAUUGCUGCGGAACGACAUCACGACGGCGAACAAGCAGAAAAUGGGUUUUUCAGAGGCGAUGUCGGUAUUGUUUGA